AUGUUGUGGACAUUUCUGGCCGGAGUGCUCGUCGGAUUGGCCAUCGCGGCGAUCAUUCUGUACAUUUUCAUCGUCGAUCCAUGGGCACCUCCGUCCGAUCAGCCGCAGCCGCCCAUCGAGCAGUUCCGUCCCGCUCAGAUGCCAAUGGAACUUCGUGGAUUCCUGAAGUCUGGGGAGGACGGACAAGGUAUUUCCCGGUGGGAAUCGUGCAAUUCCAUCAGUCUCCUGCUUCAUUUCCUAUUUCAAGAGCAUAAAGAUACACUAGCUCUCAGAAGGCAAGUAAAAGUAGAACUGGGACAAAAUUAACUUUCUACUUCAGAUGGGUACACAAACGUCUUCAAAUGGAGAUGAACGACAUCACGACUCGAUCGACGGCCGGCCGUUUAAUUCAGGAGAUUCGCAUUCGAGAACUGUCGCUCGGAACCGAGUUCGUGAAGAUUAAAUCGAUCCGCGUGGAAGAUGUCGUAAUGGCGGAUGACAAUAACACGUUCGAAAAGAUCGUCUUCAUUCUGGACAUUGAUUACUCCGGCGGCUUCGAGACUUCCAUCGAUGUUUCCACUAUUAUAGCCAAGAAAGCGAGUUUGUCCGUGAAGAUCACCAAACUGACCGGAACGGUCCGAGUGAUUCUCUCCCGACAACCGUACCAUCACUGGACGUUCUCAUUCGUCUCACAGCCGGUUUUCGAAACUGAAGUGAGUGUUUUUUGUUUUGCUUCUUCUUCAUCCUCACAACAUUUUUCCUUUCAGAUCAACUCUCAAAUCCAGGGCCAUCAACUGAAACGGCUCAUUCCGAUCAUCAAAGAAGCGAUUCGUCGCUCUUUGCAAAGGAAACACGUGUGGCCGAACUACAAGAUCAGAUAUCGCCCAUUGUUCCCCAAUCCGAUAUUCCAAGCGUCCCCACCUAUAAGUAAACACUUUGCAGUUCAAAUAAGCAAUUACAACUUUUCAUUUCAGACAGUUUCACGCACAUCAAAAUGGAAGGAGGCAUGGAAGUGACCGUUCUUCAGUGCUCUCGCCUCAAGAACACGCUUCUCGACGACAAAAACAAACAGUACGAGAUCUAUUGCACAGUGUCCAUCGAAUCCCGUCCGAUUGUUCAAAACGAGGAGCAAGGCCACGUCGUCAACGUUCUGCUGACCUUCUCCCGUUACGACAUCGCCACUCCCAUCGGCCUGACGUUCGACAAAUCCGCGCCGGCUUCCGGACAGAGUCGCCCAGUGAAAGUGUGCACUGUGGAGGACAACAGUCUGGCCGACAGGGCGGCGUUCAAGCCGGGAGACGUGCUCGUGGCCAUCAAUAACGUUCCGAUUCGAUCGGAAAGACAGGCGACUAAAUUCCUUCAGUCGACCACCGGAGACCUUACUGUUCUCGUAGAAAGAAGCCUGGAUGACAUUGAUGAUGAGGAGUCGAAAGGUACUAGGAGUAGCACAUUCAAUUUUCUUUUCACUAACAGUUUUCUUCUUUUUUUUGCAUUUCUUCUAACUUCUGUAGAUUUGCUCUAACUCCCAAAUUUGGUUCUUUUUCUCUUUUUCACUUUUUUCUCUUCAAUCCAGAAUCCGAAAUCAUUGUGAGCACGGUGCGCGACAUCGACGAAGCAGGCGGGAACGACGCGGACACCUCCAGCAUGAUGAGCACGACAUCAGUGACGACGACGGAUAAGGAGAGAGAAGAGGAGAAGACGGAGACGCAGACGGACAUGCCUGAGGGUAAGUUAAGCAUGGAAGUGACGCGUUUGUUGCGGAGAUGUCUGAAACUGCAUUGUUUUGUUUGUCGGACUCUUAGAAGGACUUUCUCUUCGAAUAUCCCACCGGCUCCGUUCUAGUCUCUAGCUUGCGUAGCCCGAGUUCUUUUCUAUUUUUACCCAAACAACCCGUGUGUCUGUGACGUGCACUACGUGCCAGUUGUCAUCCGAGUCAGGUUGUGAAGUGAUCCAGUCUCUUUCUCUCUCCUUCUUUCUCAUUUCUCAUCUCUUCCAUGAGCUUCUCCAGUUUUAUGGCACAAGAGAUGUUCUUGAGAUAGAAAACGAGAGAGAAAAUGGGAAAGCGAGUGUGUAAUAAGCCAUAGAGUCUGACAUUUUAUGAGCGUGAACUCUGUGAAUUGAAUUGCAAAGAGGUCGACAAAAGAAUAAAAAGAAACUAGGGGGAUUCUGGUCUUGAAAUCGACUGAACAACUUCGUUUUCAGCCGUCGCCCUUGCUGCAAGACGACGUCACAGUGUCUCCAACUUUGAAUCGUCCGCCGUCGACACAAACACAGAAUCAGUUGCCUCUUCGAUUUUCGGACUUGGUAAGUUCUAUCAAAACACAAAUGAGUCUGUACAAAGGCCUGUCCAAUCAGGUGUUAACAAGUCGCUUUCAAUUAGUUUCCCUGCCUACAGUAACCAUUUCCGAAACCGGUUUCAGCUGAUUAG